AUGGUCUUGUAUGACCAGCUGUUGUAUACUGUUGGAGUAAAUAAACCCGAUGAGCGUAAUACCCACAUUUUUCAGCCCAUAAAGAAAGCCAGGCCCAAAAUUACAAAAGAUAGAAAUGUGAAAGAAACACCGACGACUGCGACUGGAAAGAGUGAUAGAGGAACGGAGAAGGAAACAGAGAGAACUGGCGGGAAGCAUUCGGAAAAUACAGAUACUAAGGCAGAAGGGGCUGACUCGAUUAGAGCUCAAAGCUCAGCAGGAGCAACUCGAACGCUAGGAAGGAGAAAGACACCAGGAAGAAAGAAGUCGUCUGGACGUUCGCCUGCUGGUGAGACAUCCGGUGGUGCUACGAGAGCCACGGAAUCAAGUGCCCCGACCCCUGAUAGCGGGGCCGAAACACUGGAUGUGGAUCAAGCAGAAGAGACCAGACGAUCUGGUCCAUGGAAGUGGCUAUCAACGCAUAAGACAGGAUCGAAGUCAAAGUACGUGUGA